AAAAAUCCCGCAGUCACAAGAUACGGUGACGUCGUUGUCAGAAGGUUAACUCGUCGUACUUUAAUUCUCGAGUUUCGGGUUUGUUAUUUUUUUUUUAGAAAAAUAUUAUUUAAUUAUUCGUAAAUAAUUCGACAUUCGACGUCGGAAGAUUCGACGGUAGGAUAAAUCUACGUUGGGAUUUAAAUCUCGUGCGUUACGUCAGACGAGGAACGAUCAAAAAAGACGCAGACGAAGUUCUGUUUGUUUUUGUUUUGAAAAAAACAAAUGAUUUUAUGCUGAAAACAAGAUGAAGUUCGUUUAUAAAGAAGAGCAUCCGUUCGAAAAGCGUAGGAGCGAAGGAGAGAAAAUUAGAAAGAAGUAUCCCGAUCGAGUUCCUGUAAUUGUGGAAAAGGCUCCGAAGGCUAGGAUUGGAGAUCUGGAUAAGAAAAAAUAUCUGGUUCCAUCAGACCUUACAGUAGGUCAGUUUUAUUUUCUAAUAAGAAAAAGAAUUCACUUAAGGCCCGAAGAUGCUCUAUUCUUUUUUGUAAACAAUGUAAUUCCUCCCACAAGUGCAACAAUGGGUUCUCUCUAUCAGGAACAUCAUGAAGAAGACUUUUUCCUGUACAUAGCUUACAGUGACGAGAGUGUCUACGGACACUAGACGUGAUGCAAAAACGAGGCGUAACAAAAUUUUUUUCGGCAGAAAUAGUAAAAUUUACAGGUAGUCUUUGCUCGUAACCGUAUUCAUCUAUAACCGUCAUGUUACCUACCCAGUACGCUUGGAAAAAAAAAAAUAUUAAUAAAAUUUAAAAAUUAUAUAGCACAGUUUCUCAUUCACAAUGUAAAAUUUAAAUUAUUCUAACCAGACAGUAUGUAGUAUGU